CUUUGGCAAGGCUCAGUCAAACUUUUCCUCCUCUCCUUCUCAGGAAAGAAACCAUUUUUCGGAGAAUUUCCACCCCCGUGCUUUUACCUCCUAUUUCUUGGCUUUUGGUUCCCAUCAACUCUCUUUAAACUUCUCUUCUUCCUCAUCUUUUAUUUUUUACUCUUCAUUCCAUAUCCAAUUUCUCCUUCUCCUUCAUGGCUUCUUCUUCUGGGAGUGUAGAAGCCUCCUCCGCUAGCUUUUCCUUCGCUUCUCCUUACGAGGCUUCAUUCUCCGAUCUCCUCGCCGGCGAAGGUUCCGCCAACGAUAGACUGACGGGAUUGACCGUUCGAGGAUUUGGAGAUAGAGGAGGAGGAGGUGGAGGAAUACCCAAGUUUAAGUCGAUACCUCCUCCUUCUCUUCCUAUAUCGCCUCCUCCGAUCUCUCCUUCCUCCUACUUCGCCAUCCCUGCUGGUCUCAGCCCAGCGGAGCUCCUCGACUCACCCGUCCUGCUUUCUUCAAAUAACCAGAUUCUUUUUUCUCCAACCACUGGAACUUUUCCUUCCAAGACAUUCAAUUGGAGAGGAAUCAAUUCUGGUAGUAAUGAUAACGAAGGCAGGGAAGAGGAAAACAGGGCUUACUACGAUUUCUCCUUCCAAAAUCAAAACAAACGCAGCAGCUUUCAACAGCAACGAGAUGCUUUCAAGGGAAGCCAACAACCAUGGAACCACCAAGAAUCAAACAUCAAGACCGAAAUCCCUGCUGCAAAUUCUUCGGAGAUGCAAACUCUGCAACUAAACACACAAGUCAAUAGCAACAAUAACGUCACAAGAGAGCAGAGGAAGUCUGACGACGGCUAUAACUGGAGAAAAUACGGGCAAAAGCAAGUUAAGGGGAGUGAGAAUCCUCGGAGUUAUUACAAGUGUACGUUUCCCAAUUGUCCGACGAAGAAGAAAGUUGAACGAAACUUCGAGGGACAAAUCACUGAGAUCGUCUAUAAGGGAACUCACAGCCACCCUAAGCCUCAGUCCACUCGAAGAAACUCUUCUUCUUCUCAGCAACCAGUUCAUCCCCUUGCAAUCGUUGCGGUGGGCUCAGAUGCGGCCGAGCACUCUCAUGGCGGCCGGUUGGGGGCCUCCAAUCUAGAUUCAGUGGCCACGCCGGACGAUUCAUCGGUCUCGUUUGGUGAAGAAGACGUCGAUUUGAGCUCUCAUAAAAGCAAUCUCGCUGGAGAUGAGCUCGACGAAGAAGAACCCGAUGCCAAGCGAUUGAGAAGAGAGGCAGAGAACGACGGUGCGUCCGCCGCCGGUAACAAGACGGUGAGGGAGCCUAGAGUUGUGGUGCAGACUACGAGCGAUAUUGAUAUACUUGACGACGGCUAUCGGUGGAGAAAGUAUGGGCAAAAGGUGGUGAAGGGGAAUCCAAAUCCAAGGAGUUACUACAAAUGUACAACAAUGGGUUGCCCAGUGCGCAAGCACGUGGAGAGGGCGUCUCAUGAUCUGAGAUCAGUAAUCACCACGUACGAAGGUAAGCACAACCACGACGUCCCCGCCGCACGGGGGAGCCGACCACCGGAGGAUAACAGCCAUGGAACCACCACGGCGAUCAGGCCGUCGGCCAUCUCCGCCGCCCCGAGAAACUCUCUAUUCGGCCAGAGACUUGAUGCUAAUUUUCAGUCAUAUAAUGGACCCUUCACUCUUGACAUGUUAUCUACCCAAAGGAACUACGGCAGCAAUUAUAUGAAUCAGCAGCAGCUUAAGACCAAAGAAGAGCCAAAAGAUGAUAUGUUCUUGGAGUCGCUACUAAUCUGAAAUUGGCUUUAAGAUUUCAGGCCGAUAAAAAACAUUAUGCUAUUUAGCCUUUUUAAUCAGUAGGGAGAUAGUGCUUUUUUUUUUCUUAUUUUUAUAUAAUUUUGAUGUUUUAAUACUUUUCUUUGUUGUAAAAAUGAUAUACGAAACUUGAAAAUUUGUUCAUUUGUUGGGGAUCUAAUCCUUCAUCUGUUGAACAGGAGAAAUUAUUUUACUGA